GGCCAAAAUACUAUUUGAGCUUGCUUGUGGAAAAACUGGUUCUCGUUCAGUUAUGUGUGUCAGUCUGAUAGAAGAUGGACACCCCUCUUCAAGUUGGUUUAUGGGCUUGCGGAGUGUGAGAAUUUACGUAAAUCUCUGCCUUAUAGGGCCGGUUCAUAUUGACAUGGAGGAGGCACAGAGGUUUAUUGCUUCUUUUUGUGGGCUGGCCUUGAGGGGGAGACCAAAGCAAACAUCAACAUGUUCAAGCUGCUGCACAGUAAAAAGUGUCUCGCAGAUGCUCUUUAUGACACCAACUGACAGAUUAAUGAGUGCACUCAUGGAGAACAUAACAAGGUACAUACUGAAGGAUGUUCUGAGGCUAGCACCUGGUUUAGAAGUUUUGAAAUUCACAACAAUACCUCAUAAUUUUGAUUUGAUAUCCAGAAUGUCAAUUGAAGAAUGAGCCUAUGAACUGCAUUGUAUUUUGUAAUAUAUCCUUAUAUAUGGUGCUUGUGGCAUUUUUCUUGCAAUUAUAAGUUUACAUUUAUGGGUAUUUACAUAGUCCCCCUUUCUUUUUCCGCAAGGGGCAGUAGCUAUGCCAUUCGAUUUGAAGGACAAAGAGUUGAUCACAAAGGAGUAGCAUUCAGGAUAUAUACACAAGAGUAUAGAACCAAAUUAUAUGAUGUAAUUGACCACUAUUUCUAUUAACUUCUCUUACACAAUGUUCAUGAGUUCAUGUA